GCUAUGGAAGGCAACAGCAGAAUUGAGUGCAUCUUUUUCAGUGAAUUCCACCCAACACUUGGGCCUAAAAUAACAUACCAGGUACCAGAAGAUUUCAUUUCCCGGGAGCUUUUUGAUACAGUUCAGGUAUACAUCAUCACUAAACCUGAACUGCAAAACAAGCUCAUCACAGUUACAGCUAUGGACAAAAAACUAAUUGGCUGCCCAGUGUGUAUUGAGCACAAGAAAUAUAGCCGGAAUGCUCUGCUCUUUAACCUCGGCUUUGUUUGUGAUGCUAGAGCUAAAACCUGUGCGCUGGAACCCAUUGUGAAGAAACUGGCAGGUUAUCUCACCACUUUGGAGCUUGAGAGUGGCUUCAUCUCCAAUGAUGAGAGCAAGCAAAAGUUGAUACCAAUAAUGACCAUCCUGCUUGAGGAACUGAAUGCCACUGGCAAAUGCACUCUGCCAAUAGAUGAAUCAAACACCAUUCACUUGAAAGUGAUUGAGCAACGCCCAGAUCCCCCCAUUGUGCAGGAAUAUGAUGUUCCCGUUUUUACCCAAGAUAAGGAUGACUUCUUCAAUUCCCAGUGGGACCUCACCACUCAGCAGAUCCUUCCAUACAUUGAUGGGUUUCGGCACAUUCAGAAAAUCUCAGCUGAAGCAGAUGUGGAGCUCAAUUUGGUUCGAAUUGCCAUCCAGAAUCUGUUAUACUAUGGAGUAGUGACUCUUGUCUCCAUACUUCAGUAUUCAAACGUGUAUUGUACUACUCCCAGAGUUCAGGAUCUGGUAGAUGAUAAAUGUCUCCAAGAAGAAUGCCUCUCAUAUAUCACAAAGCCAGGUCACAAACGAGCGAGUCUGAGAGAUGUUUUCCAGCUGUACUGUGGACUGGCCCCUGGCACGACUGUUCGAGACCUUAUUUGUCGCUAUACAGUCCAGCUCCAGAGAGUGGAUGAAAGGAAGCUCGUCCAGUUUGGUUUGAUGAAAGGUCUUAUUCGGCGGCUUCAGAAGUACCCUGUGAAAGUUGCCCGGGAUGAAAGAAGUCACCCAGCACGACUCUACACAGGCUGUCACAGCUAUGAUGAAAUCUGCUGUAAAACAGGCAUGAGCUACCGGGAGUUGGACGAGAGGCUGGAAAAUGAUCCCAAUAUAAUUGUUUGUUGGAAAUGAGUCUGUCCAAGAAAGCAGAGGUUUCUUCACUGUGCCCUGUAAACAAUUGCUUGAGCUACACUGG